UUUCAUUUGUAUUCAAGAGAGAAAAGGUUUGAGAAGCAAAAAUCUUGAGGCUACACAAUGACGGCAUUGCAGAUUGUGGAGAUGCAAGUAAAUAUGGAUUGCGGUGGCUGCGAAAGAAAAAUUCGAAAGGCUCUCUCUCAACUCCAAGGUGUAGACAACGUGGAGAUCGACAUGGCAAUGCAGAAAGUUACAGUAAGUGGGUAUGUCGAUCGUAAAAAGGUUGUAAAGGCUGUGAGAGGAUGUGGGAAAAAAGCAGAGGUGUGGCCUUAUCCUUAUGAUGCCGAGUAUACUUCAUAUACUGAUCGUUAUUAUGAAACACAAACAUUUGAUUCGAGUUACAAUUACCGUAAGCAUGGAUACAAUGGUAGCAGCCACGGCUAUUAUCAAAAUGCUCCCUACUCGACAGUUGUAGACGAUAAAUUGACAGAGAUUUUCAGCGAUGAAAAUCCGCAUGCCUGCAGCAUAAUGUAAUCUUCCUCAAUUAUUGUACAGAGAUUUUCCCAGUUUCUGGAAACGGUUUUAUUUGCA